AUGAAACGGUUCUGCCCAACCUUCUUCCUUCUCCUCUUCCUCCUCACCCGGCUGGGCUCCGAGGCUGCUCCCUCGGCCUCCCCGCCUGCGGGCUCCGACUUGCCGGGCAUGGGUGGCCCCUCUGCGACCUCCCCUAGCGCUGCUGAAAAUUCCACUCCCGACCAGCCUAUCCCAGAAUCUCCUGGGACUGUUUAUUUGGAGACCUCUAAGCCACCCCAUGCAGUUUCCCCUGAGACCCCUAAUCCUGCCCCCCCGGAGACCCCACACCCACAGACCCCUGCAGCCCCCGAGCCUAGCACACACAACAUCUCAAUCCCAGAGUCCCCCGCAACCACAAAAACUGAGCCUUCCAAAACAACACAUCCACAACUUUCCGAGACCCCCAAAACUUACCCCACUGAAAUGCGACACCUAGGGUCCCUGGAGACCCCAAAACCUAAUAUUUCUAAAUCGUCAGAAUUUCCUGAGACCCCAAAGCCGGACUCUACUGAAACUCCACACCAAGAACCCACUGAGGUCCUCAAACUGAACUCCCCCAAAAUCCUACCUCCAGAGCCUGACCCCACCAAGACCCCUGACCCUCAAACUCCAGAGACACAUAAUUCCACCACUCAGACCCCAAAUUCUGAAUUCCCCCAGACCACCUAUCCUGACCGUACUGAAACGCCCCACCCAGAAGUCCGUGUAACUCACGACCCCAGCCCCACUGAAAUGUCCAAAACAGAAAUCCCCACAACCCAAUACCAAGGUGCAACAGGGAGCCCCAUGACCUCUGACCCUGAACUCCCCACUGACCUUCCAGCAAACACACCUGCACCCUCCGAGGAUAAAGCCACCGCACUCAACGAGGUGCCUCUAGACCCCACACCAGCAACCCUCGCACCCACCCAGCCCCAGCCCGACUCCCCUAAAGUACCAGCUGCAAAUUCUUCAGGGACCCUUGAACGGAAGGCCCCUCAGAACAGUGGCCCUAAAGGGCCAGACGCCCCUCCUCCCUCAGCCCGGAUUGCCGGGCCCCCUGCUCCCCCAGGGUCCCCCAGUGAGCCGGUCCCCGCCACUCCGCGGGCCCCCCAGCGGCGCAGCCGAGGAGAGAGAGUCAACACUAUCAUUGUGGUGGAAAGAGUGAAGGAGACAGGCGUGACUCUGGUGGGGCGCCCACGGGGCGUGACGGGCGGAGCCCUGUGCCUAUUCCUCGCUGGGACCGGACUCUUGAUCGGCAUCGUGGUUCUCCUGUGGUGUCUCUACCGCCGAGCCGCUCGGCACCGGCCCUUCGCACACCACCGACUCCCGGACCACGACGAGCCAGUUAUGCACCUGGACGCCCCCAAGGACCCUUACGACCUGUACUUCUACGCGUCGGACGCCUGGGUCCCUUCGCACAUCACCACCAAGCAGCUGCCGCCAACCCCCCCGCUGCCGCCCAAGCUGCCCCCGCCACCCCGCGGGGGUCCCCCCCAACGCCUCGAAGCGCUCUCCCCUGCCACGCUCCCCAACAACUUCGUGUGA